UCCAGAGGUCGCUAAAUUGUCUACGUUAUAGGGGUUUAUUUAAAUUAAUCGCUAGAGGAAAAGUAAUAAUAUAACAAAACUACGGAAUAGAACUUAUCGUGGACAUUAUUAUAUUUAACAUUUUCAAGUUUAAUCUAUGUAUAACACGGAUUAAGCACGUGUAAUAAAAUUUCCUCUACAUAUUCAUGUUAGCCCUCUUGUGGUUAUGUAUUCGCAGUAAGUCCAACAAACUAUGCUUGAUCGUUGAUGACAGGUUGAUAUAUGUAUGUACAUAUACCUUUUCCUGUCAAUAUUUGAAGUAAUUUAUGUAUGCCUUAUUUAUGCCCCGAACUUAAUAACUAUUUAUUGAAUUAAUUAAUCUUAUUUCGGUUAAAGACACGUAAGAUUCGUGUUAUCGUUAUAUUCUGCUAAUCAUAAAUCUGAGCACAGUAACGCGUUCUACAUGCAACCGUGGUGCAUCGGAUAAUUACUGUGUUAUCAGUGUCCUUGUUGGUGCACCUAAUAAAAACAGUCCACGUAGCAAUGAUAGAAUCGACAACAUGGAAUUCGAAAAAGGACGAAACAGUAUACAAAGCUGCAGGUUCGAUACAUUUGCGAAAAUAUGGACAGUUUUUUGAACAGCUGGCAGAGAAAACGUGGAAGCCGGACUCCACAUUAGAAUAUUUUGUAGAAGGCCCAUUGCGAUUGGUAUUCAAACCCGUCGAAGAUGUCAGUCUUAUAUUUUUAAUAGAAAUGGAAAAUAAAUUUUUGACCAAGUUACUUGCUGCUGUUGCUGCCACUUGCAGAGAGAUCAGACUGCUUGACAUAGAAGCCAAGACCUUCUAUAAGAAACUAUUUACGCAUGGAGAAAGAGAUAUUGAAAAUAAUCAGAAAAGCAUUACAUCUCUCCUGUCUGACUUACAAGAUUUAUUUGUUUUUGUGAAUAGGGUAUGGACUGUUGUACAUUUGACGACAGAGCAACUGUCCAGCUUAUCUGGUAAUACUAAUGAAGUUUAUUUACCUGUGCUAAUAGAACAUUUCAUCGAUCUGUUUGCAAUUGCUUUAACAUUGGAUGAAAUCAUAGAGUCCCAACCAUCAUUACUAGAACAAUGGAAGAAAUACAGAAUGCAUGUACGUUCUAUUAUCCAUGAUCCAUCACAGUUUGGUAUAAUGGAAUCAAAGCUUCACACAUUCGAUAAGUUGCUGAAGGACUUGCAAGAAUGUUUAUUAAAAAAAGGAAUUUUUUCUAAAACAAUUGAACGAGUUAUGGAUGUGAGUAAAGGUCCUAUGCUGAGCGAACAAAUUACUAGUUACUUAAAGAAUGUAAUGUCAGAUAUUGAAAACAAAUCUAGCAGCAGCACAACAUUGAGUAAGAAUUGGAUCAGAGUAAAUAUUGGUCUUGUUGUAGUGAUAAAAUUAUUCGGUACCUGUGAUAAGAAAUUAAUUAAACGAGUACUUGAGAAUAAUAAGAAAUUUUAUGCUGUUACUCUGAUCGGAAAUGUUAUAUGGAUACCAAGUCAAUUUUUAAGCGAUUUCUUACCAAAGGAAGCUGGCAAUGCUAUCAGUCCACAAAUUGGGGAAAAGCUGUUGACCUCGAGAACACAAAAAUUGUCUCAAACUGUGAACAACUUAAUUCAUAGAGCUGUUACAUGGUCUACAGAAGUACAGGCUGUUUCAGUGAAGAAUACUCUUCAAGUUUCAGACAUCUGGCAGAAACAGUCUUUGUUGAUAGAUUUAAUUAUUUUGUUAUCCCAAAUUAAGGAAACUGUAUCAUUCAUAAUGAACAUGCAUGCAGCACUUAUUAAACCAAUGAAUCGUAAUACUGUUCAGUUGAUUUGCAGGCUAAUAGAAGUACAAAAGUCUUUGCAGAAUACAUUUUAUAUAUUGGGACCAGUCAUAGUGCAAUCACAGAAUCAAGUAUUACAGUAUCUAAGUUACUACAUUUUAGCCACAUUAGAAAAUACACGAAAAAGUUUAGUACAGAAAGACAAAGGCUAUAGCAAAGAAAGAUUGGACACUUUGUCACUUAUAAGUUUGAGUAUGAAAUUAUUAAAUGGACCAGCGAGUGCAGAUAGAAGAUUGAUUGUAAGAUGCGCUUUAGCAUGUGCUAGUCAGUUAACAGAUACAUUCAAAGAGGAAGAUAUGCUGAAAUUAAGAUUGUUAUUAGACAAUUAUGAUACUGUAGCAGAGUUGCACAAUGUUAUCAAUGAAAUUUGCGAUUAUUCUAUAUUGCUACAUCAUCAGAAUAUAAUUCCGGCUUACUUCUCUUUUGUAGCAGACAGUAAUUUAAACAUAAGUCAUGUUAUACAUUUGUUUGGAGCAUUUAAUAGUACCAUUAAUGAACAAGAAGGGUUGGAUUUAAAAACGAAGAGGAUUCUACAGUUAAAAGAGAUGUUAACUAAGAACAUAUUAGAACCUGUUUGUCAUGAGAUCGAAACAAAUCUAAGGCUUCAUGUUCAUGCACAUUUAAAGUUGGAUUCUACGAAUCCAUUCAAUAUGGAAACAAAAGAUGGUGGAAGAGUAGUACAAUCUUUACCAUUACCUUUGGCAAAUAGUAUGAUAUAUGCUAAAAGGUUUAUUGAACAUUAUCUUGAUAAUAUGUUUUAUAAUCUUACUACAGUGGCUCUGCAUGACUGGAGAACUUACCGAAUGAUGCAUGCUCUUGCCCAUUAUAAACUGAAUCUUAAUACUGUACAGAAUCAUCUACCUACGCAAACCUUAGAGCAAGGUUUGGAUGCAUUAGAGAUUAUGCGGAAUAUUCAUGUAUUUGUUUCAAAGUAUUUAUAUAAUUUAAAUACUCAAACGUUCAUCGAACAUACUAGCAACAAUAAGCAUUUAAAUACCAUUGGAAUUCGACAUAUAGCCAAUUCCAUUAGGACUCAUGGAACUGGUAUCAUGAGCACAACAGUAAACUUUGUAUAUCAAUUUCUUCGUGUGAAGUUGCACACGUUUUCGCAAUUUCUUUUUGAUGAGCAUAUAAAAUCAAGGUUAAUGCGGGACAUAAGGUUUAUCAAAGCUCAAAGAGAAAAUGGUGCAACACCUUAUACAUAUGAAAGAGCAGAGAAAUUCCAGAAGGGAAUUAGGAAAUUGGGCAUGACGCCUGACGGUUUGAGUUAUUUAGAUCAGUUUCGACAAUUAAUAACUCAAAUUGGAAAUGCAUUGGGAUACGUACGAUUAAUCAGAUCAGGUGGAUUACAUGCAAGUUCGAAUGCUAUCUCAUUUUUACCAGAUAUUAAUUCAUCCGCGUCUUUUGAAUUAAUAUGCAAGGACUUAAAUUACAGUACAAUAACUCAAGCUGCAGCGAGGUGCUUGGAGGAUGAUAUUGCUAGUUUGGUGCAAAAUUUUACCAAGGGUAUACAAUAUUUCAAGCUUCUUGUUGAUGUGUUCGCAUCAGCAUUUAGAGACACUAAAUCGCAUCACUUACAACAAUUUUAUGCGAUUGUGCCUCCAUUAACAUUAAGCUUUGUGGACAAUUCAAUAUCGAAUAAAGAAAAAAUGUUUAAAAAGAACCAAACAGGUGCAGCUUUCACUGACGACGGUUUUGCGAUGGGAAUCGCUUAUAUAAAUGCUCUCUUGAAUCAGUCAGCGGAAUUAGACAGUUUACACUGGUUCAAAACAGUUGAACAGCAUUUAAGCACAGAAAAGCAAGGAGCAGAAAAUAAAAAUGACCAUGGAGACGAAAAGUUACAACAAACAAGGGCAUUAACGUCGAAACGCUUAAAGGAGAGAAGCGCAGAAUUUCAGUUACUCUAUUAUAGUUUAUCUGGGGCCAGAGUAUUUUUUAAAUAGUCUGAUACAUAGUAAUAAAACUCAAGCGACGCUGAAAAUUUGACAAAAUGGGUCAGGCUGUAUAUUAAUCAUGAAAUUAAAUUCUAUUCCGCAUUGUACAUUACUACUGUUUAAAAAACAUAAAAUUGUGCAAUACAUAUUACGAUUGUAUGCUUUAUAAAGACAGCUUUAAAAUAUUUUAUACGCCAUAAAUUUUAUUUUAUUUUUAUAAUCCUUUUAUAACUUGUAUUAUGCAUUAAAUGGUAAAGAGUAAAUAAAGGUACAAGUUAAUGAA